AUGUACAAGACAAGCUACUUACGAGAAGUACGCAAAGAGAAAUAUGAGAGGUCUGAUGGUUUUGAUGAGCAAAGUCUUGUAGACAUUAGCAACCUUGGUUUGUCUCAGGCAAAAGGCCUGGAAAACUUGCAGGAACUCAAUGAAAGGUUUGCCAAUUAUAUAAAUCGAGCUAGGGUUCUGGAACAAAGAAAUGCAAUCUUUAGAAAGCAGUUGGAGACAUUCCAAAGAAUGGAUGAGAUUUCUGGCCUGGAAGAAGCUUUUGCAGAACAAAUUGAGCUAAAUCGGCAGAGAAUUCGUGAACUGGCUUCUGAUCGGUCCAAACUCGAGAGGGAGUACAAAGAUGCCCAGAGGAUGGUCGAUGAAUUUAAAACCAAAUACCAAAAUGAAUGUGAGUAUCAACAACUUCUUAAAGGAAAUCUUGAAAAACUAAAUAAGGAAGCAGAUGACGCUUUGUUGAGCAAUCUAGAGCUUCAGAUUGAAUCUCAGUUCUUGCAAGAUGACAUCAAUGCUGCAAAGGACCGAUACAAGAAGAACCUCAUGGAGAUUCAAACUUAUGUUAACAUACUGCAACAAAUAAUUCAGACCACCCCUCCUGUGACUGCCAUCACUGUUGGCAUGUAUGAGGAAAGGCUGAUAUCGGAAAGAAGAAUUCCAAUACUGCAGAGCCAGCUGGAGGAAUAUAAAAGCAUCUUAUGUCAACUACAGGCACAGAAGACAAAACUGCAGGCUGAUACCUCCAUGCUGGAACAAGCUAUAAAAAACACUCAGGAAAGCUAUGAUGAUGAGAUACAGUUGUACAAUGAGCAGAUUGAAGUGCUCAGAAAAGGUAUAGAAGAAGCAGAAAGGAAUUUGGAGAAGUACACCAAUGACUGCCGUCAGCUAUUAAUAUACCAGCAAUCCUUGGAAAAUGAAUUGGAGAGGUAUAAGCGGAUCAUUGAGAAUGAAGAUAAUAGACUGAACUCUGCAAUAGUUGGAACUCCAAUAACACUCUUCAUGCAGAGCUACAAAUCCUCGCAGAUCUCACCUACGAGAGGAAAAGAUAUAACACUGGCUAUACAAGAUAUAGCUACAGCCAAACCAAGGCAAAAGGGUGUCCCAAAGAAAAUGUCACGGAAAAAAGAGCUGUCCAUGGAUAAAAGUGAUGUUAGUAAUGAGGACAAAGGCAUAGAGCGAAUGCAGGAAAGUGUAGACAAGAGAUAUGAAAUGAAGCAUGAUGAUUCUGCUUAUGGUGAAGCUGAAAAAGAAGCUGAAAGGUAUGAGCAUGAUUUAUCUCCAGAAGAUGUACCAGAUGGCGCACAGAUAAGUAAAGCAUUUGACAAGCUAUGUAAUAUAGUAAGAGAUAGAAUAAGAGGAUACAAGAAACCAGAGCCUUCUCCGGAUUUCUUCACCAAAGGUCGCUAUGUUCUAGUUACAGGCGAAUCUAGCUACAUGGACCCCUUCUUCUGCUCCUCCACACCACAAGCAGGAGGUAGGAUAACUGUUAGCAUCAUACCUGAAAUUUUACCAGGUGAUGACAUUGUACUACCUAUUCCAGAAUUACCUGAACCUUCAGAAUCAUCAGAAAGUGAAGAAGAUGAAGAUGGUUCAGAGGAGAAAAAAGAAAAAGAGGCAGAGGAUGAUGACAAGACAAAACAGAAAGACGAUGAGAAAAAAGACCAAGAUCCCAAAGAACCAGAGAAUAAAGAGGAAGCAAAGAAGCCACCAGAUGUCACUAGACCAGACAACAAACAUGGAUCCGGAGGUUCUUCUUCCAAUUCCGUAAAAACUCAAAGACCUAGCAGAGGCCAAAGUGAUAAUAACAAAGAAGAAAGAAGUCUGAGGCCUUUCCGGGGAAGAGAUUUUCCAAGCUCUAUGAGUUAUGAAAAAGUUGAAGUAGUGGAAUCAAUUGAAAAAAUUUCUGAUGACAGAGUGAAGAGUUAUGAAGAAACUGCCAUGAUUGUAGAAACCAUGAUUGAAAAGACAAGAAAAAAAAUAAUAUCAAUAUCAAGCUCUUGA